GGCACUCCACUCUCACCAGGGGUUUAAUUAGUGACCGAGAGGAAACAAGUUUAAACUUCAAGGAGCUGUAUUUUAUUGAAUUGUUCCUUUCCAGUUAUGAAAUAUAAAAUUAAUGGCGAAAUCAUGUUGCACUUUAUCUGAAAAGUACAGGAAUGUCUCCCUCCCGAUGGUAUAAAAGUUCUACUCUCUGCCAGGUUUAUACUUGUAAUGUAAAAGGACACAACAGCAGUGAUUUACUUUUGUGUUUUAGUGGGAGGAGCAGCUCCAGCAGCCCUGCGCCCGGGGGUGGGGAGGCUUUGUCCGGAUACGUGGUGGAACUUGAGGCGGUCCUAGAGACCCACGCACCCUCUCCAGGUUCAUCCUAGCCCAGCAUUUAGGCUACCAAACUUAAAAAUGGCACCCUCCACUUCUUCCCAACUAUUCUCGGCGCUUGUAAUCGCAUUUUUCACCUCUGUGGUGAACUCUCAGUACGAACAAUACAGCUUCAGGAGUUUCCCCAGGCACGAGCUGAUGCCCCUGGAGUCGGCUUACAAAUACGCGCUGGACCAGUACACCGGAGAGAAGUGGAAGGAGACGGUGGAGUACAUAGAGGUGUCUCUGCGGCUGUACCGGCUGCUGCGAGACAGCGAGGCCUUCUGCAACCUCAACUGCAGCUCCAUCAGGCUGGACGACGAGCAGAAGUUUGCGGAGUUCCCAGAGUUGCGGGCGUUUGGUAACGUUAUGAAGAGGGCGCAGUGCCUGAAGCGCUGCAAACAUGGGUUACCCGCAUUCAGGCAGACCAUGCCCAGCCGGGACACCAUAGACGAAUUUGAAAGGAGAGAGCCGUACAAAUACCUGCAGUACGCCUACUUUAAAUCUGACAACCUGCCCAAGGCGGUGUCCGCUGCCCACACCUUCCUGCUGAAACACCCAGAUGAUGAGAUGAUGCAGAGGAACAUGGCCUACUAUAAGAGUCUGCCGGGAGCCGACGAGCACCUCAAAGACCUGGAGUCGAAAUCCUAUGAGACACUGUUUGUGCGUUCAGUCCGGGCGUAUAAUGGAGAAAACUUCCGUACUUCGGUGUCAGACAUGGAGCUGGCUAUGCGGGACUUCUUCAAGGUCUACGACGAGUGUGUGGCUGCAUCCGAGGGCCCCAGAGACGUCAAAGACUUCAAAGACUUCUUCCCCUCCAUAGCUGAUCACUACAUAGAGGUGCUUGACAGGAAAGUGAGGUGUGAAAGUGACCUGACUCCUGUCGUUGGGGGUUUCGUUGUCGAUAAUUUUGUGGCCACCAUGUACCACUACUUACAAUUCGCCUAUUACAAAUUGAAUGACCUGAAGAAUGCGGUACCAUGUGCAGCCAGCUACGUGCUCUUUGACCCCAAAGAUGAAGUUAUGAAGAAUAACGUGGCAUAUUACCAGUACCACAAAAGCCAGUGGUCUCUAACAGAAGAGGACUUCAUCCCCAGAUCAGAGGCACUGCGGUACCACAAUCAGACCACCAUGCAGCUAGAGAUGUUGGAGUUCUCCAGACAGCGCCUGAUGAGCGACGAUGAGGGGGAGGUGCUGGAGUUUAUAGAUGAGUUCCUGGACGGUGAUGAAUUACCCAAAUUGGAAACUCCGCCAAAAGACUGAAACACAAAAUAAAACAACAACCCCGCAGUUUGUAUUUAUUUUCUUUUUACAAGAGGCUCUGAUUGGUCACUGUGUUUUUACCUGCAGAUCCACAUCCUGAAUAUUUUAUGUUGUGCACUAAACAUCCAGUUCAGUGGUAUGGACAUACAGCGCAGUGGCUACAUGAUUUAAAGACAAUGAUGAUAAUUUCGAGAUAGAAAUAUUUUCGCUGUUCCAUCGCUGUUUUAUGGAUCCGUUCCUCCACUGUGAAUCAUGUAUGUUGUCUGUCAGAAAUGGUCAUUUUUUACAAUGAAAUGAUAAUAAAACUUGUCAAACACCA